CCUCUCCCGCCCCAAGCUCAGCAGGACACGGCCGCCGCCCGCCGCGACUACUACGCCGCGAACAUGACCCACGUCCUCAGCGGCAACAUCGUCGCCAUCCCCAUCCCCACCGGCCGGGGCCCGGGCGGCCAAGAAGCUCCCCGGCGUCCGGGAGCUCUUCGACAAGCCACCCACCUGCUACGAGAUCCACUAGGGCAUCAAAGCCGGGCCUGCGGCAAGAGGUCGUCAGGUCACAGAGAGGCACCGCGUGCAGAGUGUGCGGCUGGAAGCCGUGAAGAAUGUGGGCACACCCACCAGUUCGGCUGCCCGCCUUUUAUUGGUGAUGCUCUUCUCUCCGCCUCUUUGGAUACUUCAAUUCUUCCUGGUACUCUUAUUGGUUCAAAGCUUUGCCAUCUGACAGCGGUUGAUUUCUACUUGUCUAGCCAUGCUGACAUUCGGUUGGCUUUCCUUUAUUUGCAAUUUGUUCAUUUGAUGGAAUGCUGAUUGCUGGUUGAUUUGAGUGACGAUUUCUUUCAGGGAACAAGCCGGCCUGAGCAUUAUCAUGUUCUGUGGGACACUAACAAAUUUACUACUAAUGAGUUGCAAACUCUCACAAACAACUUUUGUUAUAUGUAAUUUACUGUUAUGUCCUGCCUCUUGAUUUGAUAGUUAAAGUGUAGUGCUGUUUAGCUGGCCACUUAAGCAUAAAACUGAUACAGUUUCAGGUAUGGUAGUUAUACCCGCUCAGCCGUUCCGUAUUGAUUGGUAAACUCCCAAAUUGAACAGCAUUUUCUUAUAGCUUCACAUGGUAGAUUCAAUUAAGUCAAAUUCAACGCUGACCAUUGGGUUUGUUGGUUGCUUCAGCUCCUCGGGCGGUAAAAUUCGACGCUGACCAUGUGGCAGCCUUCUGGGCUGGAUUGUGCAUGGAGCGGUACUCCACAGGGCGGCGGAGUGUUUGUGUGACCUCCGGGGCGUUUUUGGAAUGUUGCUGCCAGGCCUCUCCCUGACCUCAAGGAAACUUCAAGCACAUCGUGUUUUACUGUUAACAAGAUCAGUGGCGGUUCCAGUGUACUCCGAGUUGUAUGGAUGGUAAUGUUUUACACCAUGGCACGAACCUAAAGAUAUUUACCGAUUCAGAUGUGAAGUAUCUGCUGUACUGUGUCAACUCAAGCUUUUGUACUUGUGCUCCGUGGAGUGUUUGUGUGAUCAUGUACG